UUGAAUUUUAUUUUAGUACAAUCUGAUAAAAUGCGGCAGUUUAUAGUUCACAUCAUAUUUGGCAUCAUCAUGCAAUAUAACACCUCUGCAGAAGAGCUUGGCUUUUGCGAGGUAGUCUCUACCUGUCUUGCAGCUCAAAAAACAAUUGUUGUAGAGUCAAAGGAUUCUCUGAACAACCAAGACAACUCUGUAUUUGUAGAUUACGAACUUAUUAACGCUAAAAUCUAUGAACAAAUUACAGAAGCUGAAAAGCGAUUGGAUGUAAAACUAUCCCAACUAGAAGCUAAACUUACUCAGUUGAAAGAUGAAAGCCUCCCUAGGAGCUGUCGGGAUAUUCAAACUUCAAAUUUAGAAUCUUCCAACGAAAAUGUUUAUAACAUUUCUCUUGCGGCAUUGCCUCGAAGCACUGAUGUCUCUUGUGAUCAAACCACAGACGCAGGCGGGUGGAUUGUUUUCCAACGAAGAGUAGAUGGCUCAGAAGAUUUUUAUCGGAAUUGGGAUGAUUACGUUGAAGGUUUUGGCAACAAAGACAAAGAAUUUUGGCUUGGUUUAGAAAAUAUCCAUAACAUUGUGGAACGCGGAACUCAUGAGCUCAGAAUCGACAUGGAAGACUGGGAAGGCAACAAAGCAUAUGCAAAAUAUGGCUCUUUUUACGUCGGAGAUUUAUCAAGCAACUAUCGUUUAACUCUCGGGGAAUAUAGUGGAAACGCAGGUGAUGCACUUGGUAAUGUGCAGCAUCGAAAUAUGCCUUUCACGACCAAAGAUGCUGAUCAUGACACACACAAAUGGGGAAACUGCGCCCAACUGUUUCAUGGAGCAUUUUGGUACGGAACCUGUCACAGCACAAACUUGAACGGACUUUACAUUCAUGGUGGAAACAAUACACGACGUGGUGUUGGUGUAACUUGGUAUCAAUGGAGAGGCAAUUUUUACUCUUUGAAGUUUGCUGAAAUGAAAAUGAGAGAGAAGAUCUAACACAGAAUCGUACAAUAAACACGAAUUUAACUGAACUUUUUUUCAAAUUUAGUUUUGAAAUAUUUCAUAUCAACUAAUCUUGAAUCUGAUUUAGAAAUAUCAAUUUACCCAAUAUGUAACAUCAAGUAAUUAUUAUUCAUUCGAUUUUGAUUUUCAAAUGUAAAUAUAAAUUCAAUAUACCAUAAAAUAAAAU